UCUUCGUGUGCCGUGUGCGUGUUUUUCCGAGCGCAGCCUUGCAGACGUGGUACAAGAGAAAAUAGCAUUUGAGCCCGGUUUUGAACCUGCCGACGACCUGACAGUCAAGUCAGAACGAUCCAUCGAUGCCAACAACGGGACAGAGUCAGAGUCGUGAGUGCGUGUAUGGACGAGGUGAGGAAGAGGUGGCUGACUUGCCAUUAGCGGCUUGAUUGAUUGAUUGAUUCGAAUACAUACACAGCCGAAGUUGCCGCCGCCGCCGUCGUCUGGGUUUGCAUUCGAGGGAGAAGGUGUCAGAGCACUUCAGUCACGACGUUUGCGUUUGUCGGUGCGUAUCGCGUUGCGUUUUUUUUGACACAAGUGCAGACAACCCGUGUGUGUUUGAUUCCGAAAUGAUGGAACAAACUCGUUUCCGGCAAAGGAUUAUUAGUAGCAGUGUAGUGUGCUGAACGGUGAAAACUGAAGAAAACGUUCCCUUUUCCGCAUUGACUAGUGACAAGUGUGUACUUAAAACAGAAGUGAAUAAAAAAACCGAAACCUGGCGUACGAAACGCUGAAUCUGUGAUUUAGUAGCAAGUUCGAGUUGAUUAGAUAAAAUGUUGUGCAGGAGUCCCCCGCCAGCGAGUCCGGCCGUGUCGGAGAUCUCCGUCGGAUCGCCAAGUCCACCGCCUGUAGUGGAUCACCACCAUCUUCGGUUGCAGUCCCACCACAGUCGAGGCGAUGACUACUUCAGCCCAUUGAAGCGAUUGCGAGGAGUGGAACAUCACAGCAGCAUAAGCCCGCCCAAGGAUGAACCGGUGAGUCCACCACGGGAACGGCCAAGCCCGCCGACAUCCGCCGCCUCAUCUGCCGCGACCGUCAAAUCCUUCUCGAUAGCGGACAUUCUCGGCCGGGACACGGAAAACAGCAAUCGUGAUAGUGCACUAGCCCUGCAUCACCACCACAGUACGCUUCAGGCGGCCGCGACCAAAAUCGUGCGCCCCUGGGAUCACCUGCGGGGUCCAAUACCGGUACGACCGUUCCUGCCACCUGCCCUGCUGCACUACGAGCACCGGUUAGCGCUGGACUAUCACCAGCAGCUGCAGGAGCACUUCCGGGCACAGGCCCAGCUGCUGAGGCACAUGAGCAUGGACAUCAUUCCUUCGGAAAGUGGCUCGGAACGGUCCAGUUCGGCGGCCAGCGGAGACUGCUGUUCGCCCGAGAUCGGUCGAAGUUCCGACCACCAUCAGUCCUCGCAGUCGUCGUCCUCCGGAUCGAACAAUAACAACAAUGGUGGCGGUGUUGGUGGAAGCGGGAAGCUGCCGGGCCAGAAGACCGGGCCGAACGGGACCCCGCUGGAUGCGCUGUUCCAGAUGACCAACAAGAACUUUGACGAGGCGAAUGAGGACGGAGAGCAAUCGCAUUUGAACUUAUUCGCCAACCGGCCGCAACCAAAGAAGAAAAGGAAAUCGCGGACAGCCUUCACCAAUCACCAGAUCUUCGAGCUGGAGAAGCGGUUCCUGUACCAAAAAUACCUUUCCCCCUCGGACCGUGAUGAAAUUGCUGCUGCCCUGGGGUUGUCGAAUGCGCAGGUUAUCACCUGGUUCCAGAACCGCCGGGCCAAGCUGAAGCGCGACAUGGAGGAGCUGAAGAAGGAUGUCGAAACGGUGAAGAUCAUGUCCGCCCAGAAGACGUUCCUGGAGAGCGUCAACGAUAUGAACAUCCUGAAGAAGAAGAUCGCCCACGACGACAACGGUGGCAGUCCGCAUAAAUAAUAUUGGGCACCGGGUGCCUCCGUCGUCAGCUCCUUCGCCGACAACAGCUUGAGCACCGUGAUCGGGUCGUGUCCGAAGACGCCGGCCGAGCAGCAGGCGGCCACCAAAACCCUGAUCAAUCUCACCACCUACGGCAGAUUGCUGCAGACGAUUGCCGCCGAUAAGACUUGAUUUGAUUGAGUGAGCACAGAGCGAACGAGUAUUUGUGUUGUGAUCCAAUAGAUAAUCUGUGUGAGAACGAGAGCAAACUAGAGAGCGGAAAGGAGUGAUAUCAGUGUUUCCUAUUGUUUUAAUGUUAUUUUGAAGUUUUAUCAAAUAGAUAAUUUAUUCGAUUCGAGGGCGUUCCUCCUCCGGUCUCAUCAACCUUUGUAAAACGUAAGUCAAUCCAGGUCGAACUCUGUAUGUAGAUGUGAUUUCCUUCUCACUCGCGAUGUAAGCACCUUGUAAUCUAUGUAAAAUAUAAUUAAACAACAACACAAAUCGAGAGACUAACUAUACUGAAGCGUUAAACCUAGUUAAGAAUCAAUUGUAAAUACCGUAGUAGGCCGUUGAAAAUCGAACGAAAAAGCAUCUUUACUGUUUUCGCGUAGUUUGUCAAGCAGCAAACACGUUUAUCAAUCCCAACCCCAAAAUGUAGCUAAUCCGCUUGAAAAUUUCGACAACAAUAGGCUAAAGAUGGCAGCACAAGCAAAGCUUUAAUUAACGCGAUGACAUCGCGCAAACAAUAACAAAGCGAUUGACAGGCUUGGCGCGGGUGAGGAGAACAGGCAAUAUUUGAUUUAAUUAAAUGGCCUACUCUGGCGGCGAGGGAAAACAAAACCCGUUGUAAAUAAACGUUAAUAAAUUGGUGGUUGGGCCUCAGCUUGCGAAAUAUGUCCCUCAGGCCCGAUUUACCCAUUUGACCCUUCGCUGCCGACGCCGCCGCCGGAAUUGAGUUCAGUGAGAAACGGAGAAAGAUAUAUAGAGGCAAGAGUAAUAUUUCUUUCUGCUUCGCUAGCCUCUUCCCGAACCGCACCAGCGCAGACAGUCAGUCGAAAACUUCUUCUUCUCUUUCGGUUGAGGUUAUGUAUCUGAAUUCUGUGCCGGGGGAGCAGCAACCAGAAGCUCUGGGCCACUUUAGCCGGCAGCGACUACUCACCCUCCCCCAUCCAAUACCUACGGAGAUGGUACUGAAAAGAGUAUUAAUUGAAAAAUGAAAUGUUAAAUAAUGUUUCCUAUAGUGUAAAAGAGCAGCCAGCCGCGCAAAAGUGUAGUUUAAUUAACCGUGAUUACUGCUGUGCGGCCUGUGAAAAACAUGCUUUGUGAGAUGAAUGGCUGUACGGGGGGAGUCGCAUUUAGCGGGGUCAGACCCAAUGGUAGACGACGGUGUGCAUCGGGAAUUAAUAUCGAAGCUUGUUGCAGCCGGAGAAUUGUACAUAUAAAUAUUUUUUUUUGAUACAGAACAACGUCCUCGUCCCGUCCUUGGAUGGGAGUAUAGCAGCAGGCAAAGUAUGACUUAACACACUAGCAAAGUACUAAACAACAUUAAUUAAGUGGAAAAAUUAUGCUACUGAAAAACGAUUGAACUGUCACGUAGUUACGCUAGGAUGACAAUGAUAAAGAUGAUCUGUACUAAAACGAAAGAUAUAAAACAAACUCGAGUGAACAAUCACUCUUA